AUGCUCGUCGCAGUGUCCCUUCUCGCCAUAUCGCUCUCUCUCCUGAUUUACCAUCAUCCGCUAUCAACAUGGCCGUCUUUGUUUGCGCAAGCGCCGCCUCCCAAACACGAACAAGAUACCCAGGCUGAGCAGCCAGAGGCGGAUUGCGACGCCGAAAACACCUCUCUGCAUAGCCUGUCGCAGCAGAACACGCCCAGGGCUGCUGCAAACGAUGCUCAGGAUGCGCCCGCGAUACCUACCUUCACGCUCGAUGCGCACGACGACGACACCGACGAUGAUGAUGAAGACAAUCUUCCUCCGCCCUCCUUUCCAGCAAUGAAUUCGGCGCAACGAGCUUCAGCACAACCGCCAUCUCUCUCUAUGCCACCGCCCACCGUGCAAACGCAUAUGGCUCCACCACCAAAACUUCCAGGCGUCUCCCUCAUGCCGCCACCACGAGUCGCGCCCUCAAAUUUGCGCGCACUUCCAACCUCGUCUCAGUCAAUGCGCGUACCUACCACCGGUCCUCUCCCCAACCGCGGACCGCUACCGAAUCGAGGCCUGACUGCGUCGAACGGCUCUAUGGCUGUUCCUUCCUCACUAGGUGCCAACCUGAAGACGCCCAACGCACGAGGCAAAGUACUUCUCUCGCCAGGCCAUUCGCCACUCGACUGGGCGAAUCUGCAAAAGUCAGGCAAGAACCUGUCGGGCGUGGGUUCACUUAUGCGCGUCACUCCUUCGAUGCUCAAGGAGAAGAACGGGCGGAAGGGGAAACCGGCAUGGUCGAGCUACCAAGGGAAGGUGUACAAUAUUUCGCCCUAUCUGCCGUAUCAUCCUGGAGGCGAGGGGGAAUUGAGGCGGGUUGCGGGCAAGGAUGGCAGCAAGCUGUUCAUGGAGGUGCACCCGUGGGUGAACUGGGAGAACAUGAUGGGCGAAUGCAUGGUGGGUAUCAUGGUGGCCGAAGGGCAGACUCCAGUGGAUGUGGGCAGUAACUUGGAGAACAUGGAUUAG